GACGCAGCGGAGGGAUCUUGAGACGACUGAUAGCCGCCAUCUUUAGUUCAGUGCGGCGGCAAAGGCAGAGGCAGUGACUGCUGUGGUGAAAGAGGAGGAGGAGCUGAACGGGCGUUGGUACCAAGGCCUGACCAUGGAUGAGGAAUACGAUGUGAUAGUACUGGGGACAGGUCUUACAGAAUGCAUCUUGUCUGGCAUCAUGUCUGUGAAUGGAAAGAAGGUGCUGCACAUGGACCGGAACCCUUAUUAUGGGGGUGAGAGCUCUUCCAUCACACCCCUGGAGGAGCUAUAUAAACGCUUUCAGUUGCUGGAAGGGCCCCCUGAGUCAAUGGGCCGGGGCCGAGACUGGAAUGUUGACUUGAUCCCCAAAUUUCUCAUGGCCAAUGGUCAGCUGGUAAAAAUGCUACUGUAUACAGAAGUGACUCGUUAUCUGGACUUCAAGGUGGUAGAGGGCAGCUUUGUAUACAAGGGAGGCAAGAUCUACAAAGUACCAUCCACUGAGACUGAGGCCUUGGCUUCUAAUCUGAUGGGCAUGUUUGAAAAACGACGCUUCCGAAAAUUCCUGGUGUUUGUGGCAAACUUUGAUGAGAAUGACCCCAAAACCUUUGAGGGUGUCGACCCUCAGACCACCAGCAUGCGUGAUGUCUACCGGAAGUUUGAUCUGGGCCAAGAUGUCAUUGAUUUCACUGGCCAUGCCUUGGCGCUCUACCGAACUGAUGAUUACCUGGAUCAGCCCUGUCUUGAGACUAUUAACCGCAUCAAGUUGUACAGUGAGUCAUUGGCCCGGUAUGGCAAGAGUCCAUAUUUGUACCCACUCUAUGGCCUGGGUGAGCUGCCUCAGGGCUUUGCAAGAUUGAGUGCCAUAUAUGGGGGAACAUAUAUGCUGAACAAACCUGUGGAUGACAUCAUCAUGGAGAAUGGCAAGGUGGUGGGUGUGAAAUCUGAGGGAGAGGUGGCCCGCUGCAAGCAGCUGAUCUGUGACCCGAGCUACAUCCCAGACCGUGUACGGAAGGCUGGCCAGGUUAUUCGCAUCAUCUGUAUACUCAGCCACCCCAUCAAGAACACCAAUGAUGCCAAUUCUUGCCAAAUUAUCAUCCCUCAGAACCAGGUCAACAGGAAGUCAGAUAUCUAUGUGUGCAUGAUCUCCUAUGCACACAAUGUGGCAGCACAAGGCAAAUACAUCGCCAUUGCCAGCACCACCGUGGAGACGGCAGAACCAGAAAAGGAGGUUGAGCCUGCAUUGGAGCUGUUGGAACCCAUUGACCAGAAGUUUGUGGCUAUCAGUGACUUGUAUGAGCCUAUUGAUGAUGGUUCUGAGAGUCAGGUGUUUUGUUCCUGCUCCUAUGAUGCCACCACACACUUUGAGACUACUUGCAAUGACAUCAAAGAUAUCUACAAACGCAUGGCUGGGUCUGCCUUUGAUUUUGAGAACAUGAAGCGCAAACAGAAUGAUGUCUUUGGAGAGGCAGAUCAGUGAUUGCUGACUCCCCUCUUCCAGCCCCUGCUCCCCUUUCCCCAACCUGUAUGUCCUUUUAUGGGGCAGGGAAGAUAGUAUGGCUGGGCAUCUCUGUUUCCAGCAUCUUAUGUUUCCCCCCACCACCACAUUCUGAUCACUCAUCUCAUUUCUCAUUGAUUUGAUUCACUGACCAAAUCUUUAACAUUAGCGAUGGUUUGGGAGAUGGGGGUUGGAUAGUAUUUUUUUUCUUGGUUCUAGGAAAAGAGGAUUCCUGUGUGUGAGCAUGUGUGCUCACCAGUGUGUGUGUGUGUGUGUGUGUGUGUGUGUGUGUGUGUGUGUGUGUGUAUUUGUGCAUGGGCAUGUGUAUGUGUAUAUGUACACCCUAAUUUUGCUGUUCAGGAAGGAGUGGAGGAAAAGCUGACUGCCCCCACUGUUCUUGCUCCUAUGUAGUGGCCUUUGGAGAUACCCCAUCUUCUCCCCUAACUCUUAUGUGUUGGAGAAAAGGGACCCUCCCAGCACAAAAUUGCAUUCCUCUUCCCCCUUAUAAUUUAUUCUAAUUUAUUAACUUUGACAUACCUGUCUGAGCCCUUAUCCUUUCUGUGUAGCGUGGCCUCUCCCAAUCCUGGCAGAGUCUGGGUUUAGGUGUGGUCCCCUCUGGGAGUUUUCUAUUUUUAAUUUCUAGUCUUUGUGUUGUGUUCUCUAAGAAAAAGUAAAUGUGAGCAAAGCAGAAGGAGGUAGGAAAGUAGAUCCAAACCCCAGUAUGCCCUGCCCCAUGCCUUUUCCUUUAGUGGUGGGAAACCCUUAUCUUGCAAAGUGAAUGUGUCCCCUUCCCCAACCUCUAGUGUAUUUCAAAGUAAAAACCUCCCAAUAAAACUCUUGAAACCUUA